GUUAAAUUGUCGCACCCCCGACCUAACAAGAGAUCAACACUCCCCGUCCUCAAUUUCUAUCGCUUAUCUCCACCACCUUCAGUCGCUGAAAUUGACAAAUCACCCGGCAUAAUGUCUAACAAGCGUCCCACUAUGGAAUUGGGCUCUGUCUUGGUGGUCGGUGGCUGCGGAUUCGUGGGCUGGCACAUUGUCAAUCAGUUGCUCAACUUCCCUUCAGAAACCGAUGUCAGCGCCGCUCUCCCGAAACCAGAAGGAGAUCCUCGAUUCGAUUACCCCCAAUUGACCGGUCGGUAUCCGAGAUGUAUAGCGAAGGUCGCGGUGGUCGACUUGCGAACCACCAACAACCGGUUGCCCGGCGCCGAAUACUACGAUGGCGAUAUCACGUCGGCCGAGUCUAUGUUGGACGUGUUCCGCAAAGCUAAGCCUGAUGUUGUUAUUCACACUGCUACGCCAAAUGUCCUGGAAGGAAACAAGCCGUUGUUGCGCAAGGUGAACGUGGAUGGGACGAAGACAUUGCUGGAGGUCGCGGGCGGCGCUCGCGGAGACUGGGGCGGCAAGUGCAAGGCUUUCGUGUACACAAGCUCGAGCUCGGUGGUUCACGACACGCAAAGUGACUUGAUUAAUGUGAACGAGGAAUGGCCUUACAUCAGAGGACAGCGGCAGUUGGAAUACUACUCGGAGACUAAGGCGGACGCAGAAGAACUCGUUUUGAAAUACAACCGAACGUCGCCCUCUGGCAUGGUGACCUGUGCUAUUCGUCCGGCUGGUAUCUAUGGUGAGAAAGACACUACAUUUACCUACAAGAUUUUGGAACACUCGUCCAAGGCUUCCCACACCGUUCUUCGAAUGCAGCUGGGUGAGAACAACAAUCUGUUCGAUUUUACCUACGUUGGCAAUAUUGCUUAUGCCCACUUACUCGCCGCCUUCCGUCUGAUUGCUACGAAGACCCGCAUUGACUCCAAACAGAGUGAACCGUUAGACAAUGAGCGGGUUGAUGGAGAGGCUUUCAACAUUACCAACGAUGCCCCGGUUUAUUUCUGGGAUAUGACACGUGCUGCUUGGGCUUUGACUGGCAAGGUAGUCGAGCCUCAUCAAGUGUGGGAACUCCCCGAGGCGAUCCUCGGCACUGUUGGCGGUGUAGCGGAGACAGUACUGGGAAUCUUUGGCAAGACGCCGCGGUUGACUAGGCGGAUGGUCCGGUAUUCAUGUAUGACUCGUUACUACUCAUGUGACAAGGCCAAAUCUCGACUAGGGUACACACCCAUCGUCCCGGUUGAUGAGGGCCUGGCUCGUGCCGUCGGAUUUGUGGUAGAACGGGAGCGACUGGAGGGUGAGAAGAAGGGACAGUAAUGGGAAAGCGCAAAUGAAUGAUGGAGGUGUAUGGGCAGCACGAUGUAAUAUAGGUAAUUCUGGAACUAUUAUCUGGUUCAGUUUCUUUCUACCAGGCAUAUACCUUAAUGAUACAUGGUUUUGAGUGA